UGCGUCAUUCACAUGCGCUUGUUUUGGUCCGUCAAUGUGCGAACCAAACGUGGCUUAACAGAAAUUGGCAAUAUCCACAGAUAAACUUGUAAUUCUUCACAUUUCAUCGAUUCAAUUAAGUCCGUUAACAUAUUGUGUUGAUAAGUCAUCUGACAGUUACAGCGCGGGUCAAGCAUGUUCGCUGAGGAGGAUGAGUGGAACGAUGACCCAGAAGCCAAAGCUCUGACCAAGACGGUCAUCAGCAGUUUCAAACUGUCUGACAGCACCAAUAUCAUGACAAAAUUUGUUGGGAAGAAGAAGAGUUUGUUACGGACCCUCCAAACACUGGGGUCCGUACCAAACUGGAGCAAGAGCAAUGGUGCCCCUUGGGAAGCAGGCAGUGACAGCGAAACAGAGGCCAUACUGACACCACACACCAAGAGGAAGAAGAAAAGAAGCAACAGAGGACGCAAGAAAGUAGCUGUUUCAGGAGAAGAGACCGAUAAGGACAGUGGAGAUUUGUGUGCCGAGGAGACUGCAGUGCCUGUAGCUAAGAAGCCAAUAAAAGCAAAGAAACCAAUAAAAGCAGGGUUCAAAAAGGUAAAGAAUAGAGAGGCCAUUAUGGGUGGUAGUAAACAAGGAAAAGCAGCAACAGAUGCUGAGAUUGAGAGAUUAAACCGAAAGCAAUGGAAAAACAAGACGAAGAACAAGAAGAAAUGUAAAAACAAAUACAAAAUAAAAAAUGGAGAGAAUACCACCCCCCCCAAAAACACAAAAGCAGAGACCACUGUGCAAAAGGAUACAGAAGAUGGACCAAAAACAGCUUCUGGUGUGAACAGGGAAACCGUGGUCGUCCAGACACACCGCCAUACAAAGGGGAAAAAACAGCAGAAAGAGGGUGAGCGUAAAACACAGAAAAGGAAAAAGGUCCCAGGGGGAAAAGAGACGACUUUCAAUGAGACUGCUUCCACUCCAGACACAGAAACAGUUCAAAACAAUAAGAACUUGUCAGAGAAAAAGACAAAGGGGAGCAUUCAAGAAAAAGCAGUUCCACUAGGUAAAGAGUUAAUGACAGAAGAGGAGAAACCUCAGGAGCUGGUUAGGGAGGAGCAGCACGCGGAGCCGCCCGGCAGUAAGAGGAGGAAACAGGACGAGGGCAAAGGGCAAGACCGGCGGAGAGAAAAGCUCAGGAGAAUGCUCCAUGGCCAGAGCCCGGAAAAGAAAGAGAAACCUGCUGAGCAGGAGGAGGAGACACGCACCACAGAGGAGGUGAAAGAGGAUUCUGCAGACCGCUCGACUGCUCUGAGGUCCCGCAUGGAGCAGCGUUUGGAGUCAGCGAGGUUCCGCUAUAUUAACGAGGUUCUGUACACCACAUCUAGUGGGGAGGCAAAACGCAUGUUCAGACAAGACCCCCAGGCUUUUAGCAUCUACCACAGGGGCUUUACGGCACAGGUCCAGCGCUGGCCAGCUAAUCCUGUCGACGCCAUCAUCUCCUACAUACGCCGCACGCCUGCCUCUCUGGUAGUGGCAGAUUUUGGCUGUGGUGACUGCAAAAUUGCUCUUAGCUUGAAGAACAAAGUGCACAGUUUUGACUUGGCACCUAUCUGUGACCGUGUAACUGUCUGCGACAUGGCCAAUGUACCGCUUAAGGAUGGUACUGUGGACAUAGCUGUAUUCUGUCUCUCUCUUAUGGGGACUAACCUUGUGGAUUUUCUAGUUGAGGCUAACCGUGUGCUGGUGAUGGGGGGUAUCCUGAAAAUCGCAGAGGUGGCAAGUAGAUUUGAGAAUGUGAGGAACUUCAUGGGUGCUUUGUCCAGCCUGGGAUUCAAGUUGGUCACAAAGGACACAGACAAUAGCCACUUUUACUCCUUUGAGUUUGAAAAGAUUGCAGAAGCUCCAGAGAGGGUAAAGAAGGCAGCAGGACUGGAGCUGAGGCCUUGUUUGUACAAGAAACGAUGAGGGCAACAGUGAAUGAGAACAUGGGAGAAACAGUUCCAAACAUAUGUUCCAAAUGGCACUCUAUUCCCUUUAUACUGCACUACUUUUGAACAGGGCCCAUGGGGCUCUGAUCAAAGGUAGUGCACUAUAUAGGGAAUAGGGUGCCAUUUGGGAUACACCCCCAGGAGAGAAGUCAAGCAGGAAGGGCAGUAACAGAAAAUGUAUCUUCUACUGGAUGUAACUGUAAAUAUGAAAAAUGACUUCCAUAGAUGAGCUGGUGUUUUUGACCCCCAAACAAUGUAUCAAGGAUUGUUGAUAUUGUCAACCGUUUGUGGGCUUUCAAAUGUUGUUUCAAAGAGAAAACAUGUUCAAAAGUUGUUGACAACAUUGGUAUAUUUUUUAUUAAAUCAAAAAUAAUUGUAUUGCAUUAAGUCUUAUCAUGCACAAUAAUUUAAGAUUUAUAAAGAAAGAAGAAACAUUCUUAUAAGAUGUAUAGUUUAAAGUCUGUUGUAAAAACCUGUCUAUAAGUGCUUCAACAUAAUCGCAGCAUUGCAUUCUGCAGUCUAGUUUCAAAGGGUAAUCGCAAGCCUCACUCGUCUCAGUGUACAUGCAGUCUAGUUUCAAAGGGUAUUCGCAGGCCUCACUCGUAUCCGUGUACAUGGCACAGGAUCUAGAUUAGCCACUAGAGGAACACGGGUGAUAAUGUUAUUCUCAGCCAGUUCCCAGUAUCUACUAUACCCAUGCUCUCCAUCCAGAUAGAGAGGGCAGAGGGGGGCUGGGACAGUGUCUGUGUUCCUCACCUGUGCUCUGACCCAGAGGAGGGGGAGCAGGCAGGGCUGGAGAGAGUGUGUCCUGCAGGGCUCCUAGCCGUGUAUCCCACAGUGCCCCUCUCAGUUCUGGAACACACCGCUCAGGGGAAAAGAGGCUGGGGAUGUUUCAGCACCUAGUGAAACAGCUAUUCAUAAAUGGAAUGUGAUUUUUAGUAGGUCUAAUAAGAACAAGUGGUACUGGUAGCUUUGGGAGGCAGUUUAGAGAUGUUGCUGAUGUCCCUCUGCUGACAUGGGCAGCCUCCCUGAUUAACACACAGAAAGGCCCUGGCCUUGGAAAAGGCAGUAGGCAUUGGUUGGACCACUGGUGGCCUCAUCACAUAGGUAUGCCUUGAGCACCUCUGCUCUCUAGGCGGAACAGGCUUGAGACUGUCAGGAGAGAGGAGACUGCGGGCUUUUAAAAAAAAAUUUUUUUAACCUUUAUUUAACUAGGCAAGUCAAUAUCAUAAUAUCAUAUUUUCAUUGACGGCCUAGUGGGUUAACUGCCUGUUCAGGGGCAGAACGACAGAUUUGUACCUUGUCAGCUCGGGGGUUUGAACUCGCAACCUUCCGGUUACUAGUCCAACGCUCUAACCACUAGGCUAUCCUGCCGCUUGCUGUUUCGCAUGGGCUGGUUGAGCUCAGAGCGCAGGUAGGAAACCACAUCAACCAGUCCGUCCCACUCUGCCUGGAGGAAGUAGCAUAGGGGUCCCAGGGAUGGAGCUCCUACACUCACGACCCUGAUGUCAUCCUUGCGUCCCAAGCUGUCCUUCAGGGCUAGUAGUCUGUCCCGGGCCUGGGUGGGUCAGCUCGUUGGUGCUCCUGACCCUGCCAAAGAGCUACUUGGAGUCUUAAAGCAGGGUGUUCAAGGUUUGGCUGUGAACCCAGCUCUCCUGCCAAACCAGCACUAAAAACCAACACCAAGGGGUUGUUGGUGUUGGCCAAAGCCUGAACAUGUUGCUCCAGACUUUACAGCAGGCCUGAUAAGUCUGCAGAGAUGGGAAAAGGGCUAACUAGCUUUAUUAAAUAUCUAACUUAGCUACCUAACUUUUCAAACAAAAUAUUAGUAGGUCUCGUUCCCAUAGUUACAUGGGACGUUACGUCAAUUUUUAUGGCCCAUGUUGUGGGAUCUCUUAUGUUCCUUAAGGGGGCGCUAGGAGAUGCUAAAUAAGUAAUUAGAGUGUGAAAUAUAUUUUUAACUUUAAUUUACAUAAUUUAACAUGGACUAACCCUAUACCAGGAUUUAAAAUGCAUUAUUCACAACCAGAGUAGUAUAACAUAUAGUUGACUGCCCCAGCAUUGGUAAACAAGACACUAAUUUCUUACUAUGAUUGGUAUGAAGAAACUUGCCACAUCACACAUUUGGAUUAAACUCAUCACAGCAAGCUGCAGUCUGUAUUGAAAUGAUGCAAAUCCUGAUCCAACCUGAUUUACUUUAUUCUCUCAGGUGAGAAUAAAUAUUACUGCUCUUCUGCAAGUGAUGACGUGAGCUCUAUUAGGAGUGUCUUAUUUCCCAGACACCCUCAGGGUUAGUGCAAAGAACUUAAACUGAGUGAGUGAGUGAGUGAGUCUGGACAUGUUUAACUAUACUUGAGGGGACCAGAAAUCCCCACAACAAUAUUAAACAAACAUACAUUUGACCAACUGGGGACAUUUUGUUAGUCCCCACAAGGUCAAAUGCUAUUUCUAGGGGUUUUAGGGUUUAGGAGCUCGGCUUAGGUUUUGGGGUUAAGGUUAGGGAAAAUAGGAUUUUGAAUGGGACUGAAUUGUGUUGCCCCCACAAGGUUAGUUCUACAAGAGUGUGCGCGCGCGUCAAUUAAUUUAGUCUUAAACCUGUCAAACAAGGCAGUUUUAACAAAAAGAUACACAUUUACAGUAACUUUAAUGAUAAUGCUCCGGAUUUUACAACAUUAGAUAACCAAAAUGAACAACCUUUCAAAGUUUAAUACUUGUGGGGACCAGAAAUCAAAAACAGUAAAACAAACAGUUGCUACGCUCAACAUCAUUUCUUUACAACAUAUUACGAUUAUUGAAAAAACCAAAGCAUGACAUACAUAAUAAUACACUAAUAAACAAAACAAAAAAUCAUGAAAAAUUCACAAAAUAAUGCAUUUUAAUAUCCUGGCAUGAAUCACGUAAGAGUGAUGCACAGAAUACUCUAGCUGGGUCAGCAGACCCAUCUGAAUGUUCUCUGACAUAUAGUACAAGCCUGUGGUUGCCUACAGUCAAAAGCUUGCUAAUGAAAAAAAAAAAUGUCUGUGUAAUGUAUCUAUCUACAGUUGAAGUCGGAAGUUUACAUACACUUAGGUUGGAGUCAUUAAAUCUAGUUUUUCAACCACUCCACAAAUACCUUGUUAACAAACUAUAGUUUUGGCAAGUCGGUUAGGACUUCUACUUUGUGCAUGACACAAGUCAUUUUUCCAACAAUUGUUUACAGAUGAUUUAACUUAUAAUUCACUGUAUCACAAUUCCAGUGGAUCAGAAGUUUACAUACACUAAGUUGACUGUGCCUUUAAACAGCUUGGAAAAUUCCAGAAAAUUAUGUCAUGGCUUUAGAAGCUUCUGAUAGGCUAAUUGACAUCAUUUAGUCAAUUGGAGGUGUACCUGUGGAUGUAUUUCAAGGCUUACCUUCAAACUCAGUUCCUCUUUGCUUGACAUCAUGGGAAAAUCAAAAGAAAUCAGCCAAGACCUCAGAAAAAAAAUUACAGGCCUCCACAAGUCUGGUUCAUCCUUGGGAGCAAUUUUCAAAAGCCUGAAGGUACCACGUUCAUCUGUACAAACAAUAGUACGCAAGUAUAAACACCAUGGGACCACGCAGCCAUCAUACCGCUCAGGAAGGAAACGCGUUCUGUCUCCUAGAGAUUAAUGUAUUUUAGUGCGAAAAGUGCAAAUCAAUCUAAGAACAACAGCAAAGGACCUUGUGAAGAUGCUGGAUGAAACGGGUACAAAAGUAUCUAUAUCCAUAGUAAAAGGAGUCCUAUAUCAACAUAACCUGAAAGGCCGCUCAGCAAGGAAGAAGCCACCACUCCAAAACUGCCAUAAAAAAGCGUGAGGAAGGAUAAUUACGUGGAUAUAUUGAAAUAACAUCUCAAGACAUCAGUCAGGUAGCUAAAGCUUGGUCGCAAAUGGGUCUUCCAAGUGGACAAUAACCCCAAGCAUACUUCCAAAGUUAUGUCAAAAUGACUUAAUGACAACAAAGUCAAGGUAUUGGAGUGGCCAUCACAAAUCCCUGACCUCAACCUAUAGAAAAUGUGUUGGCAGAACUGAAAAAGCAUGUGUGAUCAAGGAGGCCUUACAAACCUGACUCGGUUACACCAGCUCUGUCAGGAGGAAUGGGCCAAAAUUCACCCAACUUAUUGUGCUUGUGGAAGGCUACCUGAAACAUUUGACCCAAGUUAAACAAUUUAAAGGCAAUGCUACCAAAUGAUAUUGAGUGUAUGUAAACUUCUGACCCACUGGGAAUGUGAUGAAAGUAAUAAAAGCUGAAAUAAAUCAUUCUCUCUACUAUUAUUCUGACAUUUCACAUUCUUAAAAUAAAGUGGUGAUCAUAACUGACCUAAGACAGGGCAUUUGUACUAGGAUUAAAUGUCAGGAAUUGUGAAAAACAGAGUUUAAAUGCAUUUGGCUAAGGUGUAUGUACACGUCCGACUUCAACUGUAUGUGAUGUUGUAAUGUUUUUGCACCAUGGAAUUUAGGGACCACAAUGGAAAUAAGUUUCUGACCUUUGCGAUAUCCUUGUCAAGUUUUUUAAAAUGCAUUUACUGAGUAUGUUUUUUUUUUACCUACCAAACUAAAUCAACCAGACUCAAAUGAUACCCUAUUUCCUAUACAGUGCACAAGUAGUGCUCCCUGUUAUUUACACAGUGGAUCUGGCAUCAAUGACAAUAGAGUAGCGGAGCAGCUGGUUGUACUCCUGGCCUCCUCCUCCUGGUACUGUCACUGCUGCCUUCCCCUUCCUCAACUCUGGAGAGCACAGGUCCUGGGUCAGAGAGGUCAGGGGUGCCAGCGACUCGCGCUUCUUACAGGAGUUCAGAGAAGAUAGGGGACAAAGCACAUCAAAUGUUGAAUAAAGACCUAUGGAUAGAAGCUAUAGGAAUAGAUGAAUGAAGGCAAGAGGACCAUUCUCAUGAAUUCAAAGCGUGUAUAAUGUUUUUUUGAGAACUCAUCAGUUAGAGAAAAGAUCUAAGAAUGACUGACCUUAGAUGCUGGGCGGUCUCCUCCAUUUAUUUUGCUGCAAAAAAAUGUAAAACAAUUCAUUGUCAUUUGAGUUACAGUGACAGACAGCAUUUCAAAUAUUGUCUCAUUUUUCUGUUGUUUUUAUACAGUUGGGUUUCAUCCUCACUCACUAAUAAAGUUGCAUGGCCAAAUAUACCUGCAUGGCCAAACUGCACCCCUUGGAGGC